AUGUAUGGAUCUGAAUAUGGACGUGCCCCAGACAGGGCCUCAUGCAUUGUGCACCACCACCACCACGCACUUCCUCCGGACACAUCUUUAACUCCUAAGCCAUCGCUUCUACUCAAUAUGCUUGAGGAAACCGAGAUGCCCGAGGUUGCCAAUAUGCCUAAGGAAAGCAAUAUGCCCAAGGAAAGCGAUAUGCCCAAAGAAGGUAAACCGCCAAUUCCCCAGAAUCUUCAAGAAUUCAGGAAGGCCGUGCGAUCUCUUCAUCGACCCUGCAAUUGCCCAAAAUGUAACCCUGAAGUCUUCAGUCCCGCGACGCAGUGCAAAAAGCACCGAGAAAUAAGCAGUGGCGAGGAUGCAGAGAGCAAUGAACGCGUUCCUUCGCUGUCUAUACAAUCAUACGAAGACAUGUACCUGGUCAACCAUGUCAUUGCGUAUAUUAAUCGACAAGCUCAAGGGGCUCAUGCAUACAAGCUCCAGAGGGACGCCCUCGAGCGCUGGCAAGCGCUCGCGAAGGAUGGAAGAUUGCUGGCUCGACUCGCCAAGAAGGACAUGAGGAACAAUGUCUCAACCAAGCAACUGCAUAAAGUGUUGGAAAUAUUCAAUGACCUGUACUUCUUCGGGGCUUUGAAGAAGGUCAGGAUCUUUUACGGAACCAGGUUUUGGAGAAAGCAUUGGGGAGACCUCCUGGGCCACGCGCAGACUUUCAAGGGAAGAGCCGGGCUGCAUUCAAAACUGGAACUGCAUUCGACUCUACACUAUCGCACUUAUUCAGCCUCUGGUAUGCCUAUUUCGGAGAUACUAAGCACUCUACUGCAUGAGGCACUACACUGCUUCUUCGACCAGUCCACCGCCCCUGGCUGUCGUGAUAAGCAAUGCGACUUCUGCAAGACGAGGGUCGAGAAUAUCGAGCCUGGACACGGAAGAGCCUUUCAACUCGUUGCCAAAAAGCUUGAAGAAGUCGUGUCUGGCCAACUCGGAUUUCCGCUGAGAAUGGCUAGAACAACGAGCUUCCUAGGGGAUUUGGAGCGCGAAGAAGGACAGUGGCCUAGCCUCCACGACUUGACUGUCUGGGGUUUCGCGUAAUGCUCUCCAGAAAUCAGCAAGACUACAUGGAAAUGUACACGGCAGAUACCGCCUCCGUCAUGAAAAUGAGGCUCACACGACAGAAAAUGAGGUUAAGAAAAUGCUCAGAUCAUUCGGCAACGAACCUCAUCAAGUCUGAGGACCAAUCUAUAGGGAACUAGAAUUUGUGUUGAAGAUGAAAAAAACGUCAGAAGUUAUAUUAGCAAACCAGAAUGUGACUGAAAAUAGCAAGAGAAAAAAGAUGUGAUUGAAAGUGACUCCUUGUCGGAAGGAUGUCGAAAAACUUCUGACC